AUGGGGGCGACUGCGGCUGGUGGCCGUCGUCGUCAUAGACGACGUCGCCGGCAUCGUUCGCAUCGUCCUCAUCUACCGACUGAUUCCCGAAGAGGUUCUGCAUCAUCUGGUUCCGCGUCUCCUCCACCGUGUCGCGCACCCGAUGGCAGCUUGCCAUGGCCGCCGCCGAGGGAGAUGGCCGCCGUCGUUGGAGCUGCUGAGCAGGCAUGCGAGGAGGAGAGAGCGAGGCGACGCGGCUGUAGCCCAGGCGCGCGCAGUGAGGAGCCUUGCGCUAGGGAGAUGGCCGCCGUCGCUCGAACUGCUGCGCAGGCAAGCGAGGAGGAGGGCACAGGGCGACGCGGCUAUGGGCCAGGCGCGCGCAAUGAGGAGGUGUCCGCAGCGGCGUACGGGGAAGAGAGGAGAACCGCGCCAGUGGGCAUUGGGAGCGGCGGUGUGGAUGUUUCUGGAGAGAGGGAGAGAGAGAGAGGAAGGCUGAAGGGAUAA